UCUGGCUCGAGCCUGUUUUUCCCAGCCCGAGCCCGGCCGGCCCCAGCAGCAGCUCCCGAUGUCCGUCCUGGUCAAGGACAGCGCCGCAUCUCCUUCGGGUUCUGGGCUGAAGAGCGUGGUUACAGAAUCCCUCACGCAAUUCGGCGAUUUUGGAACAGUAUGGAAGGAGCUUAUCGGACUGCUGCAGGCCCCGCCGAAGCAGUUCGCGCUGCGCGAUUCCAAGUGCGUCAAGGAGUCGGAGAACGUCUUCACGGUCACGAAGUUUCUUGACGGCAAGGUGCUCCAGAAGAUCGGCAAGGGCACCGUUGCCGGCCAAGACGAGGAGAGCAUCGUCAAGUACUCGGUCGACCCCGCUGCGGGGAGCAUCCAGAUGGAGACUUACGGCAAGGGCGGCAAGAUUCGGGACAGGGACUGGUGCGUCCUCCACAAGGACGGGCUCUGUCUGGAGUGGUGGGGGGAGACGCCCGGGGCCCGCAAGAGCGGCACGGCGAAGGCCAAGCAGUUGCAGAAGAUCCUGGACGCCGUCGUCAAGCAGGCAUGCCCGGGCGGCGUCGUGGAUGUCAGCAAGACGCAAGUGGCCCCAGAUGCCGUCUCGCCCAGCGGCUCAGGGCUGAAGAGCGCUGUGUCCAGCGUGCUGGACAAGUUCAUGGACUUUGAGACGCUCUGGAACGGCUGCGUGCAGGAGUGCAAAGUUGGCGCAGAGGUGCAGACCGUUUCGGCGGAGGAGUUCACCGCGGUCUUCAUGAAGGACACUGCGAAGGUCACGGUGAAGUACAAGAUCAACAAGGCAAGCGGGGAGAUCUACGCAGAGCAUUUCGGACCCCUGGGAAGGCGCUUCGAGCAGUCGUGGAUCAUGGUCCAUAGGAGCCCGCUGCGCAUGGAGCACUGGGGCGAGGCCACCGGCGAGCGCAAGAGCGGCCAGGCCAAGGCUGCCUACGUGCAAACCUUGGUCGACACGAUCGCCCUUCGCGUAAAGCCUGCGAGCACGGGUCCUGCGAAGGUUCAUCCCAAUUUCCCGUCUCCGAGCGGUUCGGGACUGCUGAGCGUAGUCUCGGAACCCCUUGGCAAGUUCACGAGCUUCGACAAGCUCUGGGACAACUGGGUCAUGCUGCAGAAGAACCCGCCCAAGGUGCCUGAAGUGAAGUCGCGGGAGGUAGUAGUGGUCUCUGACACCGAAUUCAAAGUGUUCGCCACCCUUGACGAGGCCACGCUCGUCGCGAACACUCCAGGAAGGAAGAUGCGCGAAGACGACCAGAACUUCAUCAAGUAUUCCCUCAAUAGUGCCAAGGGGACUAUGUCCCAGGAGAUUUAUGGAGCUCGAGGCCGCGUGAGGGAGAGAAAUUUCGCGGUGUUGCACAAGAACCCUUUGCGGCUGGAGUGGUGGGGUGAGACACCCGGCGAGAGGAAGUUCGGCGCCGCCAGGGCGUCUUGGGCGGUGGGCAUGCUAGAGUCGAUUUUGAAAAAGGCUGGGUCAAAAGUUACAUCAGUGAAGGUCCAACAGGGCGUGCCGUCUCCCACCAACGCCGCGUUCAAGAGCGCGGUGUCAGAGCCGCUGGACCAGCACAUCAGCUACGAGAGACUGUGGGCCGAGAUGAUAGACUUGUUUCAGUACCCACAAUCGACAGCGGAAAACAAGUACUCUUCCCCGGUUGUGACCAACGACAACGAGUUCGAGGUCAAGCAGGAGUCCAAGACUGCGGGCGAGUCCACGUUAAGGCUGAAGACGUGCUCCUUCUUGAACCUGCCAGCCUUGAGCGCCUUCACGGUCGCGGCCGGCAGGAUCUUGUAGCACAUCUCGGCGACGCGCUUCACGUCGUCGCGAGUCCACGCCGUGCGGCGACCCGCAGUGGAUUUCCAGUCAUGCAUGAGUUCGCACGCGGCGCUCAUGUCGACUCGUGCCCUGCAGCCACGCACGCGGGGCGGCGGCCUUGCUGCUCUGGAGCAGCGCACAUGCAUGGAGCCCAAACGGCUGGGGGCGGAAUCCACAGGGUCUCGCGCCAG